AUGGAGCUUAGGUCGUACCUCUACCCUCCACCCCGCCACGUAUACCCGUUAUAUCGAAAAGCGGGCAAUCAAGGCACGGGUUUCUCGGUCCUACUAGGCAGACACACACAUGCAGGUGGGCCGGUCCUUGAACUGGAUGAGGUGGCAUGUGGUUUGCUUGGCGGUUACGAGAUUAGAUUCCACAAGUUGGAGGGACUGGGACUGGCGCUAAAGGUGGAUGGAGGUUCUCCGUACUACAAGAGGGGGAGGGGGGAUCGCAGCGCUAUUGAUUCAGAAUCCCUGCUGGGCUGCGCUGUUGUUACUCCGCUGCUGAACGUUGCCCUGUGUGUCUGUGUAUGCUUCCUUCUCAUUAGCAAUGUCAAAGCGCAGCCAAGAAUGCGAAAUGCCGCUGGGUAUAUUAAGUCUAUUAUACAUGCCGUCGAUUUCAGAUAA